GCGAAGGUAUCCGCGUAGGAUAAGGCGAAACGGCACGACGGCUCCCGUCUCCUACCUCUGGUCCUCUUCCUCCUGUUCUUCUUGAUUCCUCAAAUCUUGUACCUCCAUUGCUACUUGUAAUCCAAGCUUGUAUCCCAUAGAUCGUGAGAGAGAUACCAGGUUCUUAACAUCUGGUAUUCAGAGCCAGUCCUCCAUCCCUUUCCGCCCCAAAUUGUCUCUCCCAGUCAUCGCUUUCUUCCUGUUUGACAAAAUGUCUAGCCACCAAACGUCCUCAGAUCAAGUUCUCAGCAUGGUGGUGGAGCAAGCAAUUUACCCAAUCACCGUUGAGGUGAUGUAUUCCCUCUUCGGUCCCUUCGGUGUUGAGCAGUUGGUGGUGUAUCCCCCAACAAUAUCAGAGGAUGGACAGCCAUGUGUGGCGGCGGAUGUGCGGUUUUGUUCGGCACACGCGGCGGCGCACGCGUUGGCAUACUGGGACGGCCGCUGCAUCUACUUCCGGUGCUGUCGACUGCAGAUGUGGAAUGCUACGCCUGACGUGUUGCCGGCGCCAACCUCACCGCCAACGCGCACGGCAACGCCGGAUGCGUUCAUGGCGGGCGAUACUGCUGCCUCGGCACACUCCACUGUCUUGGACCCCUCCGUCAACAUCCCUACGGCGGCCAGCACCAGCACGCUGCCUCACGUCCAGGAUACACCCCCCAAGUCUUCCCUCGAUAGCAAAGGCCGCGUCCUCGUCACAAGCACGACCGAGUACACAUUGGUGGCGGCAAAUCCAGAAGUCGUCACCGAGCUCGCCGUCCUCCCCGGCGACCUCUCCUCCACCACCAAGGCCCAGGAGAUCCCCAGGGUCGCCCAUGAUGCAGCCCCGGUGUGCAUCGCGAUGGUGCCCGUCACCUGUUCGACGGAGUGCUCGACCCAGGUCGACACCAUCGACAGCGUCGACAAGGUCCAUGACACCACUGCUUCCAUCUUCCCCACGCCCACAGUCGACAUCCAGCAUGCCCUCGACACCACCGUCCACGUCGCCAAGGGUUUGGGACCAUCCAAUGGUGACGACGAGUUCGUCCGCACCAUCGGCACUCCGCCGCUCGCGUCGCCAACAAUGCUGAUGUCGCUGCUUCCAGCAGCCUCCCCGGCGCCUAUCACCGACUCUGCUCAUCGUGCCAUUAACGGUGACUCUAUCCCGCGGGUGCCCCUGGACAUGGAGGAAGUGCUUCUGCUCACUCAAGCCCCUUGCAUGGUUUCAGUCGUCACUUCUAUGCAGCUGCUCGUGAACCGUGACUUGGACGACUCCCUGCCAACAAAGUGUUCACAUGUCUGCCUCAGUGACACACCUAUGUCCUCAUUAAGCAUGAUGGUGUCUCCGCGCAUCAGGCACGAGACGCUAGUGCUACGGCCGAUGCCGUGGCCAUCGCUUUUGAAGGAUUCCACAGAGGGAUAGAAGGUACGACCUGUUGCAUGGCCGUCUUUUGCUUGCUUGAUCUCCAUGGUGCCAAGAGAUAUGCAUGUCCUGAGUCAGCCGAUAAUGCAAGUUGUGGGUGAUCUGAACCUGGGUAUUGUGGAACGGGGACUAGUUACCUGUUCUAUGGCCGCACAUUCAUUUAUGAGCAUACAACAAAUGGGCGCUCUAAGCACAGGAUGUUCUAACAAUAUUUUUGUUCACUUCAUGCUAAGUGCGCAAUAUGAACUAGGCUGUGUUGCUGUUAUUUACUUGCUUGAGGACUUUUUUAGCCCAGUUAACCUUGAGUGGCGACCGGAAAGGCCACUGCUAGUAAAAGCUAAUUCCAGCAAGUUGUGUUCAUUCGGGAAGUGUGAUUCAUAUUCCACAUUAUGCUUGUUCCCUUGGAAUCCAGGGGAUUAUUUGCUCAGAAUAACCAUGGGGUUUCUUACUGCUAGCAGUGGUUCACAAUGGCAUGUUAAGUGUAUCAUUGCGCAGUCCGGUCAGUGCUUCUCACGGAUUGUAAAAAUCGAGUGGUUGUUUCCUAUUUGUCCGAAGAUGAUGACAUGGUGCUUGGUUUUACUAUCUCCUGCUAACAAUGAUUAUGAGCUGUGGCGUCGACCAGAUCAAACAAAAAAUGUGGUUUGCUUGGGAAGUUCAGAAUAUUGCAUAUUUUUCUAGCCCCUCCAGUCAAGCUGCAACCAUGGCCUUCCUGCAGAUUAUCACUGAUUUCUCUAGCUAGCAUCUCUGGACAAUGGAUGUUUAACUACGACGAGCAUGUUGUUGUAUCUAGUAUUCCAUGGCAUGAGAAAUCGCAGAGGGCCAUGCAUACCAGGAGCAUGUCAGUGAAUUGGUCAUUUUUGAGUCGAAGGGAAAUUAAGUUUCGAUCGGAAGCGGACUAUCUUGAGGAACCAUGUUCAGUUUGGUCUGACUGCCACCAUACUGCAAUUAUUUACUUGAGGGAAGAGGGAAUUAUGGAGAGAAAAAUACCCACCGUGCAAGCAACUUCUAGGGGGUGGGAAUGCAGGCAACAAGAAUGCUCUGUGUCCCUAGACCACCUACCAAACCCCCUGAAGAUUAUGACCCUUGCAUGGAGAAGAAUUCACAAAACAAUUUUAUGCUUCCUUGUAAUCUUCUGCCGGACAAUGGAUGCCUCAAGUGUCACAGAGUUCAUAGAGAAACCGGGUCAAAACUGCUGAAACCAUCAGGUGUGGGGGUUAUUUCUCUGUUGCAAGCAUCCACCUGAUCCAGCAGCCCUGUGCCUGCAUGAGCCGCAACUGCAUACCAGUUCAAUUGCUACUGAUUUUCUUCUGGGAGUUCCUGCUUCUAUUACGUGCUUCAGUCUGGCUAUUUGUCCGCCGUUGUGUCUGAAGCUAUACCGUAUGAACUGGCGACAUUACUGCAUCCUCUGUUGGACACCUCCAAGCUGCAACCCGAUGACUACAACAACAGGUGUCGCCUGCUUCUGUUCAUUUCUGCUAUAGUGGUGUUGCAGAUCGAAAGGGGCAUCUACCGGAUGGGCACCUCUUGGGAUCCUGGCGGACCGACAUGCUUGAUGUUACUGGAAUUGACUCGACAAGCGUCCUAUGAAGGAGGGAGGAGCGUCAUCAUUGUCGUCAUCGUCUUCACACAAAGCUCCAUCGACUGCAAGUGCUACCUCGACUUCAACCGCGACGGUGCCGACAACGACUACGACGCCUUCUUCGACGGGAUUUUCAUCGGCCACAACAACUACCUCUCCAUCGUUGCAGUCUACCUCGACUUCAGCUACCGCAACGGCUCCAACCAAGCCUGGGAACAUCGAGCGCCAUGGGAUCCAGGAGAUCCUCGGCGGCGUUGGCUUGAGGUCAAGCCGAGUCUCAUCCAGGGAGGGAUGUCGGUGACUAGAUCGUGCCGGGUCCUCAAGUCAGCGAAGAAGCAACGCGCGGUGCACGACCGAGCAUGUGCUCCCGUCCCCCAGAUACUCGCUACCGGCUUGAGGGCAAGCCGGCUUUCAAGGGGGAGGGGAUGUCAGCCCCCUUUCCAGUCAUGGGCUGAGAGUGAUGGGCUAGGCCCAGCCGGCUCCCUACGGCAACAACUACAAGUAGGAGGGCCAAAGCAUCAGGCGAAGGUAUCCGCGUAGGAUCAGGCGAAACGGCACGACGGCUCCCGUCUCCUACCUCUGGUCCUCUUCCUCCUGUUCUUCUUGAUUCCUCAAAUCUUGUACCUCCAUUGCUACUUGUAAUCCAAGCUUGUAUCCCAUAGAUCGUGAGAGAGAUACCAGGUUCUUAACACCCGUAUGCGGCUAUGGAGCUCCCUGCUCGUGUGUCGUGUCCUUGUCCUCUUUCUUUUAUUAUUUGAAAAGAGGACAUUAUCCUUUUA